AUGGCACCACGUGGCGCAAAGGCCAAGACGGCCACAGCCGGACGCGAAACGAGAAGUACGACCCUGAACUCGAAAUCGAGUUCGAGAGGCGGCAUCUCGAAGCGUCGUGGACAAGGGCGCGUCGACAAUGACGGUGACCUGGACAUGGGCGCUGGGGCCACUCGUACACAACAUGGCGGUGAUGGCAAUGCUCGCGGCAGGGGCGACGGCAAAAACGGUCGCGGUGCAUCGAAAACAGCCCAAACGAUACUGAAGCACCUGACAAGCGGCGAUGCCGAUCGCAUUAGCUCCCGUGUCAAAAACCCAGAGGCAGCGAAACAAGCCAGGUCCAAGGCCAACGCCGCCCCCGUGGUGUACCUGCGAGUUCACGGUCACAAAGCAUCCAAGGCCUCGAGCUCGAAAGACGGCGGCCUCUCUCAACUUCUUGCUUUCCUCGAGCGCAAGUCUACCGAACGAGUUCGAUCCAAAUCCCGCAACGUAAUCAUCAGAAAGUCUCAUUCUGUGGGCGAUUACGUCUUUGUGGGUGUCAGCAAAAUAGACGCAGAAGAGAUUCUGAAAUUGAAUAACUUCUCGUUCGCCGGCAGUAAACUGGAAAUCAUCGAAACGGAAGAUGGGCUUGGUCAUCACGGCAGUGCAACCGAGUCAAAGGAAACUCAGGAGCUUCGGGCCAAGCUUCAGGAGAUACUCAGUCAACGAUACACCAGCGAAGUCAAGCUAUUGAAGCUCGACGCACUGACCACCGACGCCAGCCUCGUCGCGCUCGGAAUGUUCGACAAUCGGGAGCGAGCGCUGAAGACCUUUAAGGGACUCAUGGCAAUUUGCGAUGGUCUGUUCAAAACGGCCAAAGCGAAGCAAGAGGCCAUUGAAAGUAUCAGCCUCGCGAAUAACAACAUCGACAAUGUCAGUCAGGUUGAGUCUGUUGCCUUGACAUUCCCACAACUGAAAAACCUGGACAUGAGCGGGAACCAAAUCACAAAUAUGCAGGCUGUAGAGCAGUGGAAGGGCAAAUUCAAGGAGCUCGAAGCUCUCUACAUGACUGGCAAUCCUAUUGAGGCCAACGAUCCAAAUUAUCCAGCCACACUCCUCGAGUGGUUCCCCAAGCUACAGAGCAUCAAUGGCAACAUCUUGCGGACACCCGAACAAAUUGCGGCCCAGAUCGCAGCUACGCAACCUCGCCCUAUACCACAGCACGGCCCUGACUUUCGCGACGUCAAUGGCAUCGCAGAGACCUUCCUCCUCGAAUUCUUCGCGGCUUUCGACGCCGACCGUCCCAAACUGUUGCAGGAUCUCUACGACGAUAGAAGUAAAUUCUCGCUGGCCGUCGACACAACCUCUGUUAGAGACCCAGACGCCCCCCCGCCACCUCGCUGGAGCCCGUAUCUACCAGAUUCACGAAAUCUCAUCAAGAUUACCAGCUUCAAUGCACGAAAGCAGCGGCUCCGGAUUGGCACCACAUCGAUUGCUGAAUGUUGGAACGCCUUUCCUUUCACUAGGCAUCCGAGCAUCAAAGACCAUAUUGACAAGUACAUUAUGGACUGCAAACCGAUACAGGGCCUAGAAGAUCCCAGUGGUGCAACCCCCGGUGGUGUGGAUGGACUAAUGAUCACGGUCCAUGGCGAAUUCGAGGAAUCGGACAAGAAGACCAGCACUAUGGGCAUGCGCAGCUUUUCGCGUACAUUCAUUCUCGGUCCUGGCCAGCCCGGACAAGCCGCCAUCCGCGUGGCGAGCGAUAUGCUGUCAUUGCGUGCGUCGAGUGCUUUGCCAAACGUCCACCAGGCGACGGGGGCACCUCCAGCCACAGCAUCUCCCCAACAGGCCGCUUCAGGCCCCCCUGGUAUCGAUGCAAUACAGAAGCAAGCUAUGCUAGCGGAGCUUGCCAGGCAGACUGGCAUGACUGCAGAGUACGCGGAGAUGUGUCUAGAUCAGGUCAACUGGAAUUUCGACCAAGCUCUUGUUAUCUUCAACGAGAAGAAGGUGCGUGUAUGA